UCUUUCUUUCUUUCUCAACAUCAAGUCUCAGAAUAAACAUCAGCUGGUCUAUUGAAUCUCAUGAUCUAUGGGAUACAUCUCAACUACUUACCAUCAUAGCCAUCUACGUUGAGAAAGAAUAUAAUUUACCCGUAAAUAUCAAGUCUAGAUCUAUAUAGAAUACGUAUAUAUUGACAGCAAAAAACAAUAAAUACAAAAUUAAACACAAAUAUCGCAUAUAAUAAAUACCUUGAUUUCAUCACAGAGACUGGGAUUCUAUAGAGUUUGUACAUCUCUGUCAGUAUUAAAUCUAGAAUGAAUACAGGAGAAGACGGCGUGGACAUUUCUCCCAAGCCUCUUGCGAAGGGAAUGCCCCUGGAGCCAAGCUUGCCAACCAUCAAGUCAAACACCAAAUCGGAAGCUCACGCACACAGUGUUCACUUCGCCAUCGAGGGGACAGAGCGGGUGAUGGUGCAGAAGAUCUCCAUGUUUGAGCCCAACAUUGGGAUCUCACAGGCGCUGAUUUCCCCGACUGCGAGUGAGGUGGAGUUUGUGCUGACCAACCCGUGGACAGGGUAUGUGAGAAAAGCAGCUAGCUCUCCUACACAGCUCAUUCGAUUUGGUCCUCCAGUGACGAGAAAGCGGUCAACGUCUGAAGAAGAUCCCAAACGUAAAAAAAGUAUAUUAACAAACAAAACAUCGGGAAUCAAAAAAGAAACUGACCAGCCUAUAGACGAGAGCGCUAAAGAGGGCUCCACCACCUCGUUGCUGUCCAGCUUUUCAAAGUCGGCUUUCGACCCGCGAGGAUUGCACAAGGGUACGGAAGAAGGCAGAGAGAAAAAGAAAUCCAGGAAGAAGGUGAAAGUAGAAAGCAAGAUAGCGGCAGAGGACAAAAAGUUGGACCUUAAAGAUGAAAAAGUUGAAGAGAAGAUGACUAUGACUCACAAGACAGUCGUAGAGGGAGAAUUUGUUGAAGACAAAAAGAUAAGAGAUGCGGACUCUAAAGAAACUGUUGAAGUCAAAAAUAAAAUCCCAAAACAGGAGACAUCUAAAGAUUCGCUGGCGUCACAGUCUGACAAAGUCAAGAAGAAAAGAUUAAAGUCGCAGGAUGUAGACCUACCUUCUGCAGAUUCGCUGACGUCACAGUCUGACAAAGGCAAGAAGAAAAGAUUAAAGUCACAGGAUGUAGACCUACCUUCUGAAGAAACGCACCAUAUCAAAGAACACGCUCGAAAACGUCGCACAUCAGAUGAGGAAAAGGAACAGACAAAGUCACUUGAAACCAGAUUAAGAGAUCUUUUAACUCCUUUCGGGCAAGUAGACCCACGAAGAUCUCUGGGAGCAGAUUUAAGAGAAGCAGGACCGAGGAAAAGCAGAGAUGAGGGCAGGUCAAGGUUAGGGAGACCAAGCAUAGACGGAGGAAGAUCAAGAAAAUGUAGCAGAGAUGAGAGGCCCAGAAAAUCAAUAAAUAGAGGUUGGAUAUUAAACAGAGCGGCCCUACAAAGAAAAGGGAAGUCAUUUAUGUCCCGGACACAGAUAUCUAAUGAAUCCUCGCCCAGCGGGUCACAGAGGCGUAUACGAGCUAAAAGUAAGGAUGAUGGAUCAAACAAGGGAGACAAAACCUUUGGUUCAGAAUAUUCAAGUAGCCAAAAGCGUUUCUCGCUAACAACGAAAAAGAAAAAAUCUUUGAAACAACCCAAACCCAAAAGGUUCCUGCUUCCCGAGAUCCCUGGUGUAACCUACAACAGAUCUAAGUUCGUAGGCUGGGACUUCGGUACCAAGCGGCGGCCAACAAUAGCCGUGAACCUACCGGAUAUCACAGACACAGCGCCGGAUGUCAUUGACACCAUCUUGUCCAAAUCGACCGACCCCGCUUACGAUUUACUAUUCAGGUCUAGAGCGGACAGUCUUUACAGCGAUCCUAGAACCCAAAACUUGUUAGAUGGGCUAGAUCCCAGCAUGAGACCCCCGGAAGCUCUAGAAACUUAUCCUGGAUUCUACGCCGUGGCGAAAUCAGCCUCCAAGUACAAGCGCGAGCGUAAAGGGAAAGCUUGGAACAAGAGCUUCAUCGAGCCGUUGAAGGACUUUGAGCCUAUCCUCAAAAUCCGAGAUGAACAAAACGUUCUGGUUCAAAACCCUGCGGACCUCAGUGGAACCACAACCCCUCUCACUCAGGAAACUCUAAGCAGUUUUGACAUGGGGAUAUCGAGACAGAUAUCUCCGGCUUUACUGGCCAUCGACAAACUAUCUGGCAAACGUAAACCAAAGCCUGCAAAAGACAUUUCCAAAAGUCCUGCACCUCGGCCGAAACUGUCCAGUAGCCCUAGUCAAGAAACACAACGUUUUGAAGCUGAGAAAUCGAGCACUGUAAAAGAGGCAGCUAAAGUUAGGAAACGAGCUCCAUCGAGCUAUUUGGGAAUGGCCGAUGAUGGCGUGGACACGCUGAUUCCUCAAGACUCAGAUACAUCUAUAGCUCCAAAGUCAAUCAAGGUGAAAGAUCUACAUAUAACUCCAGGGCAACCGGAACGAAAAAAACAAAACGCUAUGCAAAUCGAAUUAUUAUCUUCAAAAUUAGAGACUUCGGAAGAAUCGAUUCCAGAAAUGUCCCAAACUUCAAAAGAAAAAGGUGCUACUGCUAGGACUACCUCAGCGUCUGUUGACAAAAUUAAAAGACCAAAAGUUGUACAACAUAGAAGAGCAUCUAUGGCUCCAGGAGUUUUUGAAGACUUAAAAGCUGAUAUCGAUGUCGAAGGGCCUUCAUUAAAAAAAAUCGAUGCCCAUGCAAAGCAUCUCAAACCAGAAAUUUCUGAAGAUUCUGAAGCUGAAAUAGAUGUUGAGGAGCCUUUUUUGACAAAGAUCAAUGCACAUGCAAAGCAUCACAUACCAGAAGUUUCCGAAGAUUCUGAAACUGAUAUUAAUGUCCGACAACCUACUUUCGAAACGAACGAUGCGCGUUCGGAGCAUCGUAAACCAGAAAAUUCCGUAGACUCUGUAGCUGAUAUCAAUGUUGAAGUACCUUCUUUUGCAAAGACUGAUGAGCGUGCUAAGUAUUCCAAACAAUUUUAUGAAAUUUCUGAAGACUCCCUAAUUGGCACCGGGUUUGAUAAGAUUUCAAAGAAACGCAUUCCACCUAGCCUAAAAAUGCAACCAGAGACUCCAGAAACAAUACGUAAGUCAGGAAAGAAGCGAACAACUUUAGCGUCAUUAUCCUCCCCAAAGAGUUCUAAAAAGCCACAUAUUAUCAUCACUGAAGACACAGAGUUUUUAGACGGGCAGGAAAGCCUUCCGUCGUCCUCAGAUGUUUCUAUUACGGACGAAGCCUUCAAAGAAAGGACUCUCCAAGAGAUGGAUGUGUCCUUGUUCCAGAACUUACUCAAAUCAGACAUUGACGAGAUGUCCCAAUCUUUUGUGUCGACCACAACGUCUUCAAUGUCAUCAGACAAAGCAUCUAUUGUACUUCUAGCUCCACCCCGAGCGGACGCCUUUCCCAAACUGGUCAGCGAGGAGCUGAUUUGGGAAGAUAAACUCGGUGUUUCUCAAUCCUCUGAGAGAACGCAAUCCCAGGACACAAUGCAAUCCCCAGAGACAACGCAAUACUCGAAUGUAGUUCCAAAAUUCGAUCAGUUCUCUGAGAACUUGCAAGAGACAUGCAUCCAUUUUUUUAAUGUUACCAAGCCUGAGCUGGUCUCUCAGAAGUACAUCUCAGAGCACGGAAUUGAAGAGCUUCUAUCGUUUCUGAUGUACGCCAUAGUGAUGCACAAGCCCCAGGAUCCUGUCGACUUUAUAAUCAGUCUCGCCAGAAGCAUCAACCGUCUGGUCAAACUAAAACAACUCUCUGACCGGAAGAUACGCCAGGGGCGGGCGUUCAGAAUCGCCAGACUGGGGGACCAUCUGGCCUCGCCUCCCAAAUCACAGACAGAUAUCCUGGGACUUACUUCUGAGUACCUCUCGCCUCGCCAUCCGAAUUAGGUCAUGGAAAUAUUAGAAUUAUUUUAUGGAGUAAUUGUGUGUGUGUGUGUGUCAUUGCAUUUUGUGACAUAAUUAUUUCGCCACUGCCAGCUUUAAAAGAUUAUACUACAAGUUGAUUUCUGUACGGAGACAUUGUAUAAGGAUUAUUUUUCGUUUUGCUUUAUAAAUAGAAAGGUCAAAGUUCAUGUAUGGUUUACAUACUUUGACUGUUGAUCAAUUUUAACAUUUGUGUGCCAUGGUGAAUGGUAGGUCUUUAAGGUUCGAUGGUAGGGAUCGUUGAAUAGGUGAGACUCAAAACGAAGGCCCGAGGGCUUCAGCGGAUCCGUCCUGCAACCCAACCCGUCCUGUUCACUGCAUAAUAAAGCCACUGCACAUUUGCCCAAAUGCCUCUCUCUAUAUGGUCCCCCGCCCCCCCCCGGCCGCUAGACUGAAAGAGCUUGGUCAUCAUUGAUAGAAGCCCAGGUGUUGUCUCCCUUGUUGAGCAGAUGUGAACUUGCAAUUAGGAAUGCGGCUUUCAAUGACUAACGCUUCUAAACCAUUCAUCUCCCAAAUCUGGAAGCAUUCAGAGCAGGAUACUGUAUAGGCGUUUAGAAACAAUUUGUUUGAGAAUGUUCUAGAUAAAAAAAACGUGUAAAAUAUGUCUUUUUUUAAAAAGAGUGCUUGAGUUACCAAGGGACUUUUCUAGAUCAAAGUGUGUGUACGUUUUGGAAAUAUGUUCAAAUCCAACAUCAGCAACCAAUAAAAACAUCAUUUCCAUAACAAAUCAAAGUCCGAUGUCGGGGACCUCCGGAAGUUACAUCAAGUACAAACAUAGUAAAAGGGAUUUUUUUUUAAUGAAUGAGAGAAAUACAUUAUUCACAUGUAAAACGAGACAGAAUGCACAUAGAAGGCACAUACUGAGAGAGUCUUGAGGUAAAAUGUUCGCGACAAACACUUGGCUUUUCAUGCUUUGUAACGACAGCCAUUGAAUACAAUGGAACAUUUGAUCUUAUACUCAUUUCUGUAUGUAGCCUAGUUGUAACGUGAAAGCUGCAUUAUCGCUUAAUGAUUUAUGUUGUAAGACUAACAACUCACCAUCACAACAUCAAAUAUACCCGGCAUACAAAAUGAUAUUUACAAAUAUUUUGAAUAAUAAAGGAAAUAAAAGUUCUAUUGGAUCAAACAUUA